UUGAAUUUUGUUUGAUUUUGUCUUUGUUUUGUUUUUUAAAAAUUGAGCUAAGACAGAGUUUUACCAUUACAUAUUGAAAUGGAACAACAUACAAAAAGACUUAGAAAAUGUUGCGUUCCUGGUUGUAAUGACGCCACAAGCAAUCGAUUACGUUUUCCAAAUCCCAAUAAUGAUAAGGAUAUGUUUUUGGAAUGGUUAAAAAUUAUCAAGAGGAAUCGAUUAAGUAAGUAUACACCACUUCGUGUUUACAAGAAUUUUCGUAUUUGUUCUAGGCAUUUUAAAGAAGAAGAUAGGGUACCAGACGUGAAAUCUGGAAGGAGAGGAAUUAUCAGAGGGGCCAUCCCGCGCUUAUUUUUACCGCCAAAAGAUUAUCAGGAUGAAGAAGAUUAUUUAGCUUAUGCCAGGCCUUCUACUACCCAGCUAGACGUAUCUAAUAAUAUGGAGCAAGACAGAAAUGCCAGUCCUUCUACUUCCCAGCAAGACAUAAUGGAAACAGAUAUUGAGGAAACUCCAGCUAAAAGGAGGUUUAUUGACAUUGAGCAUGAUUAUGCCAAGUCUUCUACUUCCCAGCAAGACUUAUCUAAAAAUAUGGAGCAAGACAGAAAUGCCAGGCCUUCUACUUCCCAGCAAGACUUAUCUGACAAUGUGGAGCAAGACAGAAAUACUGGUGGCAAAGAGCAAGGCAGAAAGGCAAGGAGAAGCAUUUUAAAAAGUAUACAAAUUUCAAGGAAGCAGUACGUAACACCAAAGAAAAGGAAACUGUAUACAAAAAUUGUUGCAUCAAGUAAUAGAAUUCAUAAGUUGGCAUAUAGAUUAUCAAGUUACCAAGAAAAAUUACAGGCUGCUAAACGUUUAUCAGAAACAGUACCAUUUAGAAAAUUGGCUGAGAAGGUUAAUCCAUUAACAUAUACAUUUAUUUUGUCUCAAAUUCGUACCCAACAACAAAAACUGAAGGGAAGAAAAUUUACCAUAGAUGAGAAGGUUCUGGCUCUAACACUAUUUAAAGGAAGUGGAAAAGGGUACAAACUGCUGUCAAAAAAUUUUUCCUUGCCAUCUAAAAGAACGUUGUCAAAUUUAUUGAAUAAGAUUAAAUUAAAUCCUGGAAUUAAUGAGAUCAUGUUUAAGAUGUUACAAAAGAGUGUCCACAAAAUGACGCCAAGGGACCGGCACUGUGUAUUAAUGUUUGAUGAAAUGUUUUUGUCAACACGUCUACAAUACAACCAAAAAGAAGAUAAGAUAGAGGGGUUAUUAUCCGGUCAAGUUAGCAUCAAAAAUAGGGAUAUGGUGAUCGAGCAGUCAAUGAUGAAAGCUAUGAAGACAGAUGGGGGUAUUGCUCGAGGGAGAAGUACAAAAGACAGUGUAAUAAGUAAAUGGGUUUAUGGUAUGCAUGCAAUGAAUACUGUUUGUGAAGGAUUGGAAGAUCUCGCUAAUGUUAGAAUGGAUACAACGGAUCAGCAUGUAGAUGCAAGUGAUUCAAGAGUUAAGAAAGAUUCAAAAGACUUACAAAACCUUCUGCAGUGGUUUUCAUUGCAUGAUCCGUUUCCGGAAGUUAAAAAAAUUGUAUCUAUUGCUAAUGGAGUCGUUGGUGAUGAUAAAAUUAACUGUCACAAAGCUCGUGAAGUUGGAAUUGCCGCCAUGUCCAAAAUGACAGGAAUGACAUUUAAUAACAUAAAAUUAAAACGCGCUGAUAAAGUAGUACCUCUCUUAGCUAUGAGUAGCACCGUAAAAGUUCACGAUCAGAAAGUUCCUGUCGACCCUGUAUUAUUAUUUCAACGCAUGAGUAUUACUAGCGCUUUCGAAGAUGAAAUUGAGAAAUAUUUCGAAUAUGAAUUGGCUCCGUAUCCGUUGUCACUGUUCGAUGAUUCUGGAAUGCGUAAAUCACAAAAGUCAGCUAUUUACGAUUGUUUUGAAACAAGUGACUGUGCUUUUGAUGGCUAUGCUGAUUCUACAAAAAAUAUUAAAGCUGCAGAACAACGUCGUCGAGCUACAACAACAUCUUCAUCUUCGAACGUCAUUUUUGAUGAAUUUAUGACAGUUACCACAAGCCAACAGAAAUUUCUCGCAAAUACACACAACAAGUCUCGGUUUAUUUCAAUGUUGAAAGAAAAAUUUACGUCUGAGAAUAUCUCUGUAAAGCAAGCUGAUAAUGAUGCUGAUGUCCUGAUAGUUGAAACAGCAAUAGAACAUUUUAACUCGACAAAUCCAACUAUUCUUGUUGGUGAAGAUGUUGAUUUGUUGGUAUUACUUACUGCUCGAACACCAACUGAAAAAAUUAUUUAUUUUUUGAAACCUGGGAAGAGUCAACAACAAUCAAAAAUAUAUUCAUCCAAGAGUUUAUCUGCUUUUUCAAAAUGCCAAAAUCAUAUCUUAUUUCUACAUGCAGUAACUGGUUGCGACACGACAUCAGCAUUUUUCAGGAGAGGUAAAAGAUCAGUUUUGAAAUUGUUUGAGAGACAGGAUUUAGUUGAUUGUGCUGAAGUUUUCAAAGAAAGUACCUCUACUCCACAAGAUGUAAUGACCAACGGAAUUCGCUUUCUUCUUUCAAUGUACGGAGCUCCAAAAAAAAUUACAUGCUUAGAUAAGUUUCGAUACUUAUCUUUUGCAAAAGAAACAUAUAAAAAGAAACAAGUACAAUUAGCUUGUCUUCCUCCAACCUCUGCUUCUGCUCAUCAACAUCUAUUUCGGGUAUAUUAUCAAGUUCAAGUAUGGCUUGGUAAUAAACUAAACCCAGAAGACUGGGGUUGGAAGUUAAUUGACAAUAUAUUGGAACCAGUUCAGACUUUACUCCCUCCUGCACCAGAAAAACUCCUCAAUUCAAUUUUUUGCAAUUGUAAAAAGGGAUGUAAUGCUAAAUGCGGCUGUAAAAAAGUUGGUUUGUUUUGUUCAUUAGCAUGUAUCAGUUGUCGAGGCCAAUCGUGCUCCAAUGUUGAAUCGCCAGUAGAAGAGGAUUCUUACGAUAUAGACGGGGAGACAUCUGAUGCAUCGCUCUUUGAACAAUUUAUUUGUACCCAGCAAGAAGAAAAAGAAGAAGAAGAGCAAGACAAAGAUUAUGGUACUGAAAGAUGCCCAAAUUUUGCCAACUAUAUAAAUGUGUUUAUGAUUAAAGGUAUUUACAGACAAUGGAAGCAGCCAAUCUGCUACACAUUUAGUGAUGGAGCUACAACAAGUAGAAAAUUAAAAAACUUGAUAAUCAAUAUAAUUGAACAACUGCAAAAUAUUGGAUUAACUGUUGUAGCCACAGUAUGUGACCAAGGAGGACCAAAUGCAGCAGCAGUCAACUUAUUAAUUCAGGAAUCCCGGACCGAAUAUUUAAGAAUAGGACAAGACUAUCGAUAUUUUGGAUUUCUUGUUAAUGGCAAAGAAAUUGUUCCUCUCUAUGAUACCCCACACCUAUUUAAAGGCUUGAGGAACAACUUAUUAAACAAGGAUCUACAUUUCGAGCUUCAUGGAAAGAAGGGUGUUGCUAAAUGGGACCAUAUAGAGCAAUUUUACCAGCUGGAUGCAUCGGAGCCCUUAAGAAUUUGCCCAAAAUUAACAGACGAACAUGUGUUGAGGAACAAAAUCAAAAAGAUGAAAGUGAAGAACUGCACGCAAGUCUUCAGUCACCAAGUUGGAAGUUUAAUGGUGAACUUGUAGAGUGGAAAGCUGAAG